UUCGGAAGAUGAGUGGCCAAUGGCAAAGCAAGAUAAAGAGAUGCUAAUGAAAAGUGUUGCCACCCAAUUAGACUCACUGAAUGUGUGCAGGAGAUGUGAAACGUUUUGUAAGCAGCUGCAAGGAUCUUGUGACGUCAUUGAGCGUAAGUGUGAAUCCUAAUUAUGUUAAUGGUCAUUAAUAUUAAUGGUAUGAAACGUUUGUACAAUAAAUGCGAUUUAUUAUUAAGUGCGGUCGGAAUUGGAUGGAAUGGUUGCACUGGUGAGCAGCGAGAAAAUUUGUCAGCAGUAACAUCAAUGUGUGAGGAGAUCUUCUCACUAGAGAAACAAUUUGGUAUUAUAAACAAUACAGAAAUGCCACAAGCAGGAGAGCUGAAUGCCAAACGUCCGCGUCUUCUUCAAGAUCCAAGUGUCUCAUCCACAGAGAGAAACAGCAUUUCUCCCUAUAUGUUAACCUCUACUGAUGAGUACGAAGUUUCAAACGACAUUAUUGUGAUUAGUGAGUCUAGUGAAAUGGAAGAAGGAGAUGGCAAGGAGGAGUACGAAGAGAACACGGUGGAGACAAGAGAUCACAUGACUCAGACUGUUGAAGUGAUGAAGCGGGAUGAUAAAAGUGAGGGCACAGAAUGGAUGGGAGAAGGUCGGAAUGAAGACAGAAAUGUGAAAGAAUGGAAGAGAAACAGAAGAUCACUUCCUAGUUGUGCUGGACAGCGUGUUGUAGCUCGGAAAUCAUCAGAGACGUGGUGGGCUAAAGGUACUUUUAUGAAGAUUGCCACGAACAAAGCUGGACAGAUCGUCUAUCAUAUUCACUUUGACAAAGGAGACAAAGGACAAAUAAACCCUCGCUUUAUUGCAGCAUUGAGUCAUCCUGAAGACGGAGACCUACACGUAGGAAGCCGAGUUGUUGGAAUUUAUGCUAAAUGGAACAAACUGUAUGGAGGCAUUGUGGCUGAAGUUGCAUGCGAAAGAAACAGAAGCAGACAUCUGGUGUUUUAUGACGAUGGUUUUGCACAAUACAUGACAAACAGAGAACUACACGAAGUUAUCAUGCCAAGUGAAGAGGUGUGGAAAGAUGUUGCUGACCAUUCAAGGGAAUUUAUAAAGGAAUAUCUAGAGGCAUAUCCAAUGAGGCCAUUAAUGGAGGUAAAGGUAGGAGAUACAGUGAACACUGAGUGGAGGAGAACAUGGUCUCUUGCCACUGUGGAGAGCGUGGACUGCAGUUUAGUGAAAAUGAAGUUUAACAGCGCGAGAGAAGAGUGGAUUUAUCGUGGUUCUCCCAGACUAGAGCCGGUCUAUCGUUUCCUGGAAAGUAUUGAUGACGAGAGAGAAGCUUGGAUCACACAGAAAGGAAAGAAUAACGUUCCGACGGUCAAGGAUUUGUUGUCUGCACAUGAAUAUCCAUGGCAAGUUGGUGGGCACUUGAUUACGUGUCCCAACGUGACUGGCUAUGAUAAUGAUAAUCAUGAUGAUCAUGAUGAUGAUAUCACAAUUGUCUGUGUGAAAGACGCAACGGGAAGAACGCAGCACAUGACAGUGAGAUCUGAAGAAAAACAAGAAGUUGUUCACAAUGACUCGUCUCUGCAUGCAUCCAUAACUGCAAGGCAUCAGCAGGAAUCACAAUCACGAGCACUUGCACGCAAGUCAACAACUAGAGACACAGCAAAUCCUCCUUUGUGUGUAGAUGAUGGUAUGGCAGAUGGUAGCAAUAAUAGUGAGACAGGAGGUAACAAGAAGGAUCAAUGUAAAGACGACGUGAUGGAGGGACAGUGGGAGGCACCGUGGUUGAAAUUUCCCUUAAGACAAGUUCGUUUGGACGAUGAGACAGGCAUUUAUCCUUCCCCAGAGAAACAAAGAGUUAGACAGACCGGAAAAUGUGUGAAGGAUGUUGCAUCAUGUUUGUUGAAGAAGCUGGGAAACGAGGCGAGCAAAAGACGAGACGACAAGGCAAAUUACAGCAGCAAUAGUAAGAACAGUGAUGGAAGAUUACGGACUGAAAAGAUUAGAAACACGUGGAGUUCACUAGCAAGAUAUCAGGCUGCACAGUAUGUUGAGCAUGAAUGUUCAGUCAUGUGUCGUCCCUUAAGAGAUUUGCCAGCAUCAGCUCAACGUCUCUGUAAUCCACUCUCUAUUCCUUUGAUGUUGGGUUGGAAGCGUGAAAUUGUACGUCGUCUCCAUCCACACAAGACAGACGUAUUUUACAGAACUCCAGCCCCAUGCAAUAGACGAUUGCGUUGUAUGGGCGAAGUGGCAGAUUAUUUAUAUCAAACUGCAGUUGAAAACUUGAAUAUUGAUCAGUUUACGUUUGAUACGUCAGUGUCAUUGUCUACUAACUCGGCAGUCCCUGGUGAAGAACCUUACGUUUAUAUUGAUGACUUAUCAGAGAAAGAAGAGAAACCAAUAUCAUGUAUCAAUGAAAUCAACAACGAGCAGCCUCCUUCUGUAAAAUAUGUCUCCAAUUGUAUUUAUCAUGGAGUGAACGUUAAUCUUGAUUCUACAUUCCUCGUUUGCUGCGACUGCACAGAUGAUUGCCAAGAUAAGGAAAGUUGUGCCUGCUUUCAGUUAACCCGUGAAGCUGGUGAAGCUGUGGGCAUUGACUGUGAUGCUGUGGAUGUGGGAUAUACGUUUAGACGCAUACAAAAUGCUCAUAGAACUGCAAUUUACGAAUGUAACAGUCGUUGUAAGUGCAGUUCUCAUUGUGCCAAUCGAGUCGUACAGCACGGAAUACAAGUUCGUUUGCAAGUGUUCAAAACCUCCCAGAAAGGAUGGGGAGUUCGGCUUCUUGAUGAUGUACAGAAGGGCACUUUCAUUUGCUGUUAUGCUGGUCAACUGUUAACAGAGGAAGAUGCAAACAAAGAGGGACGAAGACAUGGAGAUGAAUACAUAGCUGAGUUGGAUCAUAUUGAAGUAGUUGAGAAGAUGAAGGAGGGUUAUGAGUCUGAUGUUUCUGACCUCUCAUCAACACCGUUAUCUUCUGUAUCUGAGCAAGCAGAGAGUGAGGAAGAGGGCGCUACAGUUGCAGCUGAAACUUUGUCUGAAAGCUGCAACAUACAAGGAGAUGAUGAAAACAUGUUAGUUCUUGGUCAGUUUGCUGCUCCUAUGUGGUGUCGUUUUGGACUCGUCAUCAAUAACAAUGAUGUGGAAAAGGCAGCCAAAUGGCUGAAGGAACGGAAAUUUGAUUUACAAGGCGAGUCACUGGCAGUUUCUAAGGCUGCAGCCAGUCCUCCAGUUGAAACUGUUGCUAAAGAUAACAGCAGAGCAACAACAGGAAUAUGGAGUAUGAUCAGCAAAUAUGAAAGCUUAACUUCAGUCUCAACUGCCAACAGUGCCGAGACAUCAGUGUCAUUAUCUCAUAAAGAGUUGUCUGGUAACUGUGUUGGUGGCUAUCGAGUCACAGUGAAAGCUACUAGUGGUCGUAGUCGUAGCGCAAGUGUAGAGCGUGUAAAUGAGCAGGAGAACACAGAGAAUUCUACAAGACUGACUUGCAGUGGAACACGCAGUCUGUAUGGUGACUUGGGUUGUUAUGCGGUUGAUACAAAGUCAACAGGAAACGUCGGCCGAUAUCUCAAUCAUAGCUGCUCUCCCAAUCUCUUUGUUCAGAAUGUCUUUGUGGAUACUCAUGACCUUCGCUUUCCGUGGGUAGCUUUCUUUUCCAAACAUACCAUCAAAGCAAUGACCGAAUUGACAUGGGACUACAAUUAUGAAGUCGGCAGUGUACCAGGCAGAGAACUGAAAUGCUACUGUGGAGCAAAGGAGUGCAGAGGAAGACUGUUGUAACACUGCAUCUCAAAUAGUCACGUGAUCAUAG